AUGUCUGACGUAUGGAUGGUCAGUCGCCCCUGGAAGGUGGUCGCUGAUGGUAGCACCAAUGUCGUCUUGGACGAUGUCCGCCCUCUAAGAGGCAGUGCGAAUUGUCAGAAUUAUGCUUGGUUAAGUCAACGAGCAAUUCUUGCCGCAAAGAAUAAUGAUGUACAGGCACUGAGUUUCACCAUUCAAUCAAAAAUUGCUGGCGAUUUGGUGACAUACAAUUCCGUUGAUUCCAUAACAAAUCCCGAUGAUGUAGUAAACUAUCCAACGGAGUUUUUGAACUCACUGGAGUUGCCAGGAUUUCCACCACAUAACUUGCAACUCAAAGUUGGUACAGUUAUUAUGAUAUUGCGUAAUUUGAAUCCACCGCGACUUUGUAACGGUACUCGAUUUUCGGUCAAGCAAACGGUCAUCAAGUUUCAGGCCGUAAAGACCGCAGUCAUUUGGCUGUACCCAGAUGCACCACGCGAGGUCGAACCUGCUCUAACAUUCCCGCUGGACGUAUCGGAGAAUACUUCUACGUAG